AUGUCUAACGAAAUGGCAGACCAGAGAGAAGAAGGGGCAGCCGGGGAGGAAGAGGUAUGCGCGGAUCAAGGCUCGGACAAAGAGGACGAGCCACCAGCAGCUGUACCCCAUGACCAGGGAUGGCAUCCAGGUGGCAGAGAGGCUAGGAACGCAAGGGCUGAACCUGGGGCCAGGCCUCCUGCUCUCCCAGCUAUGGUCAAUGACCCACCAGUACCUGCCUUACUGUGGGCCCAGGAGGUGGGCUACAUCUUGGCAGGCCGUGCCCGCAGGCUGCUGCUGCAAUUUGGGGUGCUCUUCUGCACCAUCCUGCUCCUGCUCUGGGUGUCUGUGUUCCUCUACGGUUCCUUCUACUAUUCCUACAUGCCAACAGUCAGUCAUCUCAGCCCUGUGCAUUUCCACUACAGGACCGACUGCGAUUACUCCACCUCCUCACUCUGCUCCUUCCCUGUUGCCAAUGUCUCCCUGGCCAAGAGUGGACGGGACCGGGUGCUGAUGUGUGGGCAGCCGUAUCGAAUCACCUUGGAACUCGAGCUGCCGGAGUCCCCUGUGAAUCAGGAUUUGGGCAUGUUCUUGGUCACCAUUUCAUGCUACACCAGAGGCGGCCGUGUCAUCUCGACUUCUUCACGCUCAGUGAUGCUUCAUUACCGCUCAAACCUGCUGCAGACACUGGACACGCUGUUGUUCUCCGGCUUCCUGCUGUUCGGCUUUGUAGAGCAGAAGCAGCUCCUGGAGGUGGAGCUCUACUCGGACUACAGAGAGAACUCGUAUGUACCGACCACCGGAGCGGUGAUUGAGGUCCACAGCAAACGCGUCCAGAUGUACGGAGCCCACCUCCGCAUCCACGCCCAUUUCACAGGGCUCAGGUACUUGCUGUACAACUUCCCGAUGACCAGUGCCUUCGUCGGUAUCGCCAGCAACUUCACCUUCCUGAGCGCCAUCGUGCUGUUCAGCUACAUGCAGUGGGUGUGGGGAGGCAUCUGGCCCCGGAACCGCCUCUCUGUGCAGGUUAAUAUCCGAAAAAGAGAGAAUCCCGGAAAGGAACGGAGGCUCUCCGCCCGUCAGCCAGGGCUCCAAGGCCGGGAGGAGCUAACUCAGUCAGAUGUCACAGAGGACAGCGAGACCCCGCAGGACACCUCAAGCCCAGAGGGUCAGCUGUCUGAAGAGGAAAAGCUAGAGCAGCAUUCCCUGCACGGAGAGGUGGAGCUGGAGCCCGAGACCAGCACCAGCGACGGCUCGGGCUCCUGGGAAGAUGCGGCUCUGCUGAUGGAGGCCAACCUGCCUGCGCCCACGCCUGCCUCUGCCUCUGCGCCUGCCCCCGAGACCCUGGGCAGCUCGGAGCCCCCUGUGGGCGCCCUCCGCCAGCGCUCCACCUGCUCCAGCUCUUGA